CAGCGGUAAAUGUAAAAACUAAAGAAAAUGUUCGGGUCCGAUCAAAGGACACGUAAGGUGGUGGUAAUACAUACCGUAGUAGCCUUGGUUUUACUCCAGUUACUGAUCACUCGUACAGAUGCAGCCUCGAAGUGCCACAAAUGUACGGGCAUUAAUUGUCAACGCACCAGCUAUGCAGCUACGGAGGAGUGCGUAGAUGCACUGGACAGUUGUGUGACUGUAUUUCAUGGAUCAACUGUUCUGGCGCAAGGAUGUCUAGGACAACUAGCGGUGGCAUUGCGUAAUAAAUGUCAAACAGAAUCUACCGCAAAUGAAGAUAGUGAAGCCGUCGUGGAAGGUGAAGAUUUGCCAAAGGCCAAUGGGGCCUGUUAUCAGUGCAACGAAGAUUUGUGCAAUAAUGUAAGCGGCGAUGGGUUCGAGUGCAUACAAUGUGACUCGAAUACGGAUGGAAAUUGUGCAAGCAACCCUGAUCAGCUGCAGGCUGAAAAAUGUCCUAUUGGAAGAUCUACGAAUUCUUAUUGUUACACGAAGGUGGAAGAGGGAAAGCGUGCGAUACGCGGUUGUGCAACAAAUUUAGUACAACAAAACGAAUGCUUGGGCAGCAAUGACUGCACGCUGUGCUCGCCAUUAGAUAUUAGUGGCUGCAAUCGUGAACCGAAGAUUGCAUCAGGUGGCUCCGACUCUGGUUCUGGUACAGGUGGUGAUGGUUCAAGCUCUGGAGGUAGUGGCGGCGAUGCAGGCGGAAGUAGUGGUGGAGGUGGUACUAGUGGUGGUGGCACGGGUGGAGGUGGUACAAGUGGUGGUGGCACGAGUGGAGGUGGUACAGGAGGAGGUGGUACGGGUGGAGGUAAUAUAGAUGGAGGUGGUGAUUCUGGCGGAGGCAGUGGUGGUACUGGAGGAGGUGGUACGGGCGGUGGUGGCACAAGUGGCAGUGGUGGAAGUGCAG